AUGGACCCCUUCAUGAAGGCACAAGAGAUCGAUGAUAACUACAAGGUCAUCAACGACGCCCGGACCAAGUCUUAUAAGAUUGAUGACAAAAAGCUGGCGCAGAUAGAGACGAUGUCCAGAAGGAUGUUCUUCAGCCUGAACAGAUCCAGGGCAGUGAAUGAGACGCUCAUCGCCAAAUUCAGGGACUCUUUCGCAGAGGAGGACCGGAUGAUCUACUCUGCUCUACUCAUCAUCCUAAGAGACAGAUAUUGCAUACAACUACGAGCAACUCAGCUGUUGACAGACGAACCUCAGAAGUUCAAUUUCACGACCCAUCGGACAGAGAGGCUACGAGAAGCGGUCACAUCUCUACUAGAGAAGGAAGCCAUAGAAGUGGUGGACCAGCAACAUACAGACUGGAGUCAGCAGACUGUAGACAAAGAGGGAACUACUCCUGUACUGCCACUAACAACAUCGGGGGCACCUGUCACCCAGACUGUGGAGUUGCUUGUCAAAUGUUCUCCUCGACUAGAUGAAACAGUGUCCAAUCAACUUAAGUACGCCUCCAGGCAGGGUGGUGACGUGAAUGUGUCUGUGUCAGUCCUGGCCUAUCCCCUUCCUACACUCACCUGGAGUAGAUCCAACACCAUCAGCCAGAACCUCACUGGUUCCUCCAUCCCUGUCUCAGACAUCUCAGUCACUGCCAGACUACACCUUGCUAACCUCCAGGAACAGGACUUUGGGGACUACAGUCUUGCAGUGGAUAAUGGUGUAGGCGGGUUUGGGGCAUGGACACUCAGCAUUGUAUCUGAAGGACCACCAAGUACCCCAACAAACGUCAGUGUCUCCCCAGAAGGCCCCUUCACUCUACAUGUUUCCUGGAAGGAGGAGUUCAAUGGUGGAGCUAAUCAGACAUUCACUGUAGAGUACAGCACAGACAAGAAGGACUGGAAGACAGCAGGGAGUCAUACGGAGACAGGGAGUGGGAAUUAUAUGACAUCACCCAUCAAUGAUCUCAACUCUGACACACUGUACUAUGUGAGGAUUGUCGCCAGGAACAAGUUUGGAAACAGCAGCUACACUGAACAUGUGACUGGACGUACAGAGAAGAAAGUUAUACCAGCUCCUGGACCUCCAGCAGGCUUAAUUGGUGGCGUUGCAGGUGGAGUUGCUGGUGUACUGAUACUUGUGGUGAUAGUAGUCGUGGUGAUGAUUGUUCGGCGCAGAGGAAAAAGAGGUGAAGAUACUGAAAGAAUUACGUCGAAAAGGCAGGGGAAAGGAUACAAACGACAAACUAGAAAUGAAGAAUGACAUAUAUGAAUCAGCUGAAAGGGCAGAAAUGCAGGACAACGUCUGCUACGCCAGUUCAGAUGAAGUCAUGAAGCCUGGAACCAGUGGAUCCCAGGGGGUGGCAGAAGUGUAUGCUGCUGUGGAUAAGAAGAAGCUGAAACCUGCUUCAAAAACUAAUGAAGUCCCUGCUGAAGUGAAGAAACCAGGAAAUAAGAAGGCUAAAAAAACAAGGAGCAAAGAAAGAAAAGGCUAAGAAAGCAAAUCCAAAAGAUGAUAAAACCCUUCUGAAGUCAAAGAACAAGAGAGAAAGGAAAGGUGAAGCUUAUGAAAACACAGGCAUUGGAGAUGAAGGAAACCCGUACAUCAAUCAUGCCUUUGAUGGUGAACCUGACGAUGUUGCUGGCCAAGCAGCUGUUCCACCGGGAGCAAAGGCAGGGCGGGAUGACGAUGGCCUGCUGUAUGUUGGGAUAGACUUCAGUAGCCACAACCCAAGCCCACAUGUCCACAGAGAGGAGGAAUCCACUGAGUAUGCUGGCAUCCAGAUUGGAGUUGUUGGACCACCACCGAUAGAGGAGGAAAAGAAAGAAGAAGAUAAAUAGAUGUAUCAUGAAUGACGUUCCUUUCUGUUGUUUGAGUUUUUGUUUUUUUGCUUGUUACUCUCAAAAUGUUUUUCAAUACCAGAGUCUGCUCAGUAUCAUAAUGGGGGUGGUUGGUUAACCAUGUGUUUAAAAGCUCCAGAAGACCUGUGUUUGAUUCCCCAUAUGGGUGCAAUUUGUGAAGCCCACUUGCUAAAAAGCAUAAAAUGUACAAUACUGUAUGACAAGAUAUAUAUUAAACAAUUUCAUGUACAACUUCAAAAUGUGCAUUGCAAGCAUGGACUGGGCAUCACUCCACGUUAUCUUUUCUCACAUAUAUUUCUCAGAGAAAGCUUUUUAUGCCUUUCUUAAUAAUGAUGAUCUUUGAAAACAGCAGUUAUGAUCAAAAGUGUAUUUUUAUUAGUGCUGUAUUUGCUCAGUAUAGAGAGUGAAAAUUCAUUGUUGCUCUUGAAUGAUAUGCUUUUGUUACACGAUUAGUUUAAACCAACUCUCUGACAUUUGUGCAUAAUCACAGGAUUUGAUUAACCUGUUACACGAUGCAAUUAACCCCUUCUCUCAACUGUGAUAUGUAUAAAAUCUGUAUUUUGCAGCAUAGUGAUUUUCAUAUUUGUGGGUUAAAAUUUAAGUGAUUCUCGUCACUUUUUUAUGCUUUUGAUAUAUUCUACUUUACAACUUAAUCUGGAUAUGUGUGACAUACCAUCUAUUCCAUCACAAGAUAAGUCGAGGGGCAUCAGGCAUUACUCUCUCACUUUAAAACUGUUUUAAAUUUAUUCCAGCAUAUAGUACAUGUUCUGACGUAGAAAAUGCCGUGACAAUACACCGUUUUUUAAUGGUGGCUUUCUCAUUAUCUCCCAAAAUCUCACACUUGUCAGUGACAGUGAUAGUGAUUGGCUGAAUGGAGCAAAUCAGACGGGUCGUUAUUUUUAUCAUAAGCAGUUGCUUAUCAAGCGAUUGGCUUGCCACGACGAAUUGAACCAUGCCUCGUUGCAUUAUUUAGUCACGUGUCAUGCUUUUUCGGGACUGAACCAAAA